AGCGGCGGCAGUUUGUGUUCAUAUUGAAAGUGAAGGCAGUGAGUGAAUGAAAUAAGCUGCUGUCAUAAGAAAAUGGAAAGAGUUCUGUGUGAAACACACGGCAGUACAUGUUUGUUGAAGACUGGUGUAAAGGAAGGACCGAAUAAAGGAAAAAGUUUCUAUGUUUGCACUGCGCGUGAUGCAACGCCCUGCAGCUUUUCACUGCCCACAGAGAUCCCUCCAUCUCACUGCCUUAAGCAUGAAGACUCCAUGGUUGAACUUCAAACACUAACUUACAGUGAAAAACAGGACAAAUAUAAAUUGUUUUAUCGCUGUAUGCUUGGAAAAACUGAGGGACAGAAGUGGUGUGGGUGUGUUCCUUGGAGAGAGAAAGACCCUGAGAGACGGACUGAUUUGAAAGACAAAGAUCUUCAAUCCUCCAGCCUCACUCCAGUCAGGAACCCUUUCAAAGUCAAGACAAAACAAGACAAAUCUUCAGAACACAGGAGGGAUCCAGAUGCUGAAAAGGAUAGAGGAGAGGUUAAAGGUGAAAAUAAACAUGUGACCAGUGAAGAUCAUGGUAGAGCUAAAAAGAAAGAAGGCUGUUUCAAGACAACAGAGAUAGAAGGGAAUAAUAAGAAUGGCCUGGUUCAUGAAAGUGUCUUGGACAGAGAGGGGAAAGACUCUGGAGGUUCAGAGUCCUGGAGGAACAAGAAGCUUCCUGCCGGGAUGAAGAUAAAGAAGAGAGUGUCUGAUGAUGAGAGACAGACGAGCACAGCUGAGGACGAGACAUGCCCUGAGAGUCCAAACUCUAUGAAGGAAAGUGUUCAAGGACCUGGUGAAUCUGAGACCAGUAUCAAAGUCCUGCAGGAGCAGAAGCCUGCAAAAAAAACAGGGAGCUCUCCCCAAAGCCCUUCAAAAAGCUCAAAAAGCCCUUCUGGAUGUGAUGAGAAAUCUUCAGUAGAGAAUAAGACCAAGGAUGACUGCUCAAACAAGCAAAGCACUACUAAUUCAAAAUCAGUCACAGAUAAAACUCAAAGCCUGGAGAGCAAGAGUCAGACACCUUCAUGCUCCACAUUAAGGGAUGUGCCAGUUUCUGAAAAGUCCUCAGCACUCAAUGUUCAGAAGACAGUAUCAAACCAGAGUCGAGAGAAGGACCAGAAGAGCAUAGCACGGUUCGGUGAGUGGAGUGAUGAGGAUGAUGACGUUCAGCUAAUAUCGGUACAGCCUCCCACCCAGCAGAGUGCUCCGACUCCUGCUGCACCUGUUCAGAAAACACUCACCUCUUACCCUGGUUUCCAGCCUGCCUCUAAGUGCCAGGGUCAGUCUGAGGACCUCCACAACCAUCUAACAGCCCAGCUCAAGCAGAAGAAGGCCACUCUUUCAGUGGUGAAUGUAUCUGCUCUGCCAGAUAAAGGAGAGCGUUUGAAGAGUCAGGUGAAGGAACUGGAAGAGGCCCUGGACUCUCUGAGCUUGACCACAGCUUCUCUGUCUGAGUCUCAAGAUAAAGACAGAAAAGAGGCAGAACAUAAGCCCACACAGCCCAGCCUGUUCAAUCCAUUCAGUCGUCCUGGUGGCACAAUCCUCCUGCCCACAGCUCCAGCUCCCAUGCUGAAGGAAUCAUCUGGUGCCUCGCUGGGCCUAAACCUGAGCCAAGGCUACACCCAGAUGUAUGGAGUGAAUCCUCAGAGCCAGGCUUUCUAUGGUGGAAGGAUGACUGAGAACAGACUGCUGGCUGUACGCAAUGCCACCACUGAGGUCAUCGACCAUCUGCACAACUCUCUGGAGUCCUGCCCUACAGAAGACACAGAGGUAAAGGACCCCAAAGGAAUUAAGGUGGAGCUGUUGCCUCAUCAGAGGAGAGCUUUGGCCUGGCUGCUGUGGAGAGAGACACAGAAACCCUGUGGGGGAAUUUUGGCUGAUGACAUGGGCCUAGGAAAGACACUCACAAUGAUCUCCCUCAUUCUGUCUCAGAAGAAGGAGGUUGAAAAACUGGAGGAAUGGAUCUCUAAAAAUGAUUCCACCUUAGUGGCUUCUCAGGGGACGUUGAUCAUCUGUCCUGCUUCUCUGGUGCAUCACUGGAAGAACGAGAUUGAUAAGCGUGUGAAGAGUAGUCGCCUCAGUGUGUAUUUGUACCAUGGCCCCAACCGACAGAGGAGUUCAAGAAUCCUUGCUGAGCAUGAUGUGGUGAUCACUACGUACAGUCUGGUCUCUAAGGAAAUCCCUGUGCAGAAGGAGGAUGCGGAUAAACCUUCUCGAGACUCUGAUCAUGUGGCCUCAGACCUCCCGCCUCUUUUACGUGUUGCCUGGACACGUGUGAUUCUCGAUGAGGCUCAUAACAUUAAGAACCCUAAGGUCCAGACGUCCAUGGCGGUGUGUAAGCUGCGGGCCCGAUCCCGCUGGGCUGUCACUGGAACCCCUAUUCAGAACAACCUGCUGGAUAUGUAUUCACUGCUCAAGUUUCUGAGAUGUUCUCCUUUUGAUGAGUUUAAGCUGUGGAAGUCUCAAGUAGAUAAUGGCUCAAAGAGAGGAGGAGAGAGACUGAACAUCCUCACCAGAGCACUGCUGCUACGCAGGACCAAAGACCAGCUGGACUCUUCUGGAAAACCACUGGUGUCUCUGCCCAAUCGGACCUGCAAGGUUCAUAGAUUGAAGCUGUCUGAAGAUGAGCAGGCUGUAUAUGAUGUUGUGUUUGCACAAUCCAGGUCCACACUUCAAAACUAUCUCAAAAGACAUGAAGAAGGAAACACUAAAAAGGCAGACAAUAGUAAUCCUUUUGAGAAAGUUGCACGGGAGUUUGGGAUGUCUCAGAAGGACUCGCUGUCUUCCUCUCAGCAGCCUCAGGCCUCCAGCACCAUCCACAUCUUGUCACUGCUGCUGCGUCUCAGGCAGUGCUGCUGCCACCUGUCUCUGCUCAAGAAGACUCUAGAUCAGACAGAGCUGCAGGGAGAUGGUGUUGCUCUGUCUCUAGAAGAGCAGCUGUGUGCUCUGUCUCUCUCUGAGCCCUCAGACUCUGACCCUAAAGACACCGUCUCUCUCAAUGGCACUAAAUUCCCCUCUGAGCUCUUCCAGGAUGCUUGUGAAAGCACUAAGAUUUUAGCCAUACUGACAGAGUUGAGAGAAAUUACAAAGAAAGAUCAAAAAAGUGUGAUUGUCUCUCAGUGGACCAGCAUGCUGAAAAUUGUUGCUGUUCAUUUGAAGAAAAUGGGUCUGACUUUUGCGGUAAUUGAUGGCACAAUCAAUCCCAAACACAGAAUGGACCUAGUGGAGGAGUUCAACACUAACCCUAAAGGACCACAGGUGAUGCUGGUGUCUCUGUGUGCUGGAGGUGUGGGCAUCAAUCUGAUUGGAGGGAAUCAUCUGUUUCUGAUUGACAUGCAUUGGAACCCAGCACUAGAAGACCAGGCAUGUGACCGGAUCUAUAGGGUGGGACAAUCCCGGAAUGUUACAAUUCACAGGUUUGUGUGUGACUGUACAGUGGAAGACAAGAUCUCUUCACUACAGGAGAAGAAGAAGGAGCUGGCUCAGAAAGUCUUGUCUGGAACUGGAUCCUCAUUCACUAAACUGUCUCUGGCAGAUCUCAGGGUCAUCUUUGGUGUGUGAUGUGCAUUUUAUUUCAGAAAGUAAAUAUUAGUCUAUAGUCUCAACUUCAUUUUAUCUGCUUUUGUAAUUGUAUUGUAUCCUGUUUUGUAUCACCAGGAUAAUGUCAUGAAAGCAAUGACGUUAUAUUCAAAUGCUGCAUGUUUAUAUAGAAUAAAUUGAAAUGAUUACACUGUUA